CAUCGCUCGCAUUCAACUUUGCAUCCCCCAACCUCAUCUCACAUCUCCCUCGUCUUCUCUCUUCUCUCUCUCCUCUCACGCGCAUUCUAAACCAUCACAUUCACCUCACCCCAAGCCCGUCGACCACGACGCCAGUGUCAUCACUGGUCUCGCGUUCAGCGUUGGCUCACUUUCCCUUUCACAGCAUCUUAGGCCCGACAGUACACGUUGAUCGCGACCACACGCAGAAUCCACUUGACUCGUCAUGAGUGGGGGGAAAAAUCGCCAGCAGCGGCGCAAGGCGUCAGCCGGGGCCGCUGCACAGCAGCAACAGGCAAACACGACGUUUCCAUUCCCCAUGCCCAUGCCUAUGCCCCCUCACACCCGCCAGGACUCGACUUUCGGCCCUCCCGGUGGUUGGCGCGCCGGCACACCUCCCACUUCAGCACACCAGCUUUCCUUUGCACAGCAACCCGGCCAGUCCAUCUCAAUCCAGCCAGGUCAGCCAGGAGGCUCGGUGUCACUUCCACCAGGUGCUUUUCCCGGCGCCUAUCCGUUCUGGCAGCAGCCGGGCGCUUUCAGCCCCGCGCCCACUGGUAUUCCAACCAACGUAGGGCGCCACGGCCGGGGUGACAGCAGCCACGCCUCGAAGCGCCAGCGCUACCAGGGCGACGGCCCUAUUGGCAUUGGCCACCCCGGUAUCUCCAACGUAACUAACAUCGACCACCGCUCCAACCCUUCCGCCACGCUGCGCAAUCGCGCCAACCUCGCCAUCCUCACUGACAUUCCGCUCUCCGCUGGACCUGGUCCCAUCUCACCUGCUCUAGUUCGCCUCCCCGGAACGCCCGGCCCGCCGCCUGGUACCCCCCCAGCGCUUCUGCCUUACAACCAACGCGCCUAUACAUUGGACUCGGCAGGCAUCCAAUCGCUUGGUCACUUCCCCCACUCGAGCUUGUCGAUGCCCAUCGGGAGCCCGCUCACGCGCCAAGGCCCCGGUCCGCUCGGGAACGGUCCUAUGCCCCCCCCAAGUCCCGUGAUGCGCCGCGCUGUGACCACGCCGUCUAAUCUAUCGCAGUCGCACACCCGUGUCACCACAUCGCAGCAGCGCUUGGGCCCUCCCCCCAAAGCCAUCUUGGGCGGCCCAGGUGGACGGACCUUUGAAGAACUCCGGCCCAGCCCGAAUACGUCUCUCAAGCCCACCCCUGCCCCAAGUGCCACACCCCACUCAACCACGCCGCUGGCGACGAAUUCACAGUGCCAGGAUGCCAACACGUUGGGUGAUAGUGACCAGGAGAUGGCUACAGAAGCAACAACCACGGACAUUGUCCCUGCUGCUCUGAAGGAGGCAGUGCACAACGGCAAUACAGUCAACGUCACCCUGCCCCCAGCCAAGUACAGUCCUCCCGACUCGCCUGCCAUCGAAUCCCUCGUAACUCAGGACGCAGAGGGCGAGGAGAAGGACAAGGCCACGGAUUCAGUGGUUCAGCGUGUCCCUAGGAAGGAGGCCUACCCCUGGCCCCCCAUGCAAGUCGGUGUCACUCCGCACUCCAUUCCUCUGCCUCUUUCACCCAUUUCAGACGACCUCUCGGAAGUGGAGAGAGCUUUCUCUCCGCAGGUAGCCACAUCUCCAGCCAAGUACAAAGUCGUCACUUGGAAGGGUAAGGAAGUGAGGGUUGCCAUGCCGGAGGAGAGCAACUGGGAUGCCCUGCGCCCCGGCCCCAUUUCGAUGGAGAUUGACGACACCGACAGGCCAAUUGAAAAUGUAGAUACACUCAACACUCAGAACACCACUCCUUCGCCGCCGACUUCCCCGUCCCACAUGGACAGGUUAGACAGCAUCAAUCCUACAACACCGCCCACAGGAGAGGCGAGCCUGCCCACCUCGCCGCCGGGAUCGAGCCAGUGGGAGACCGCGUUUGAAAGCUCGACCCUCUCAAACUCGCCACCAGCCUUCACCGCGUGGGAAGGUCCUCCCACGCGCAGCCCCACGCCUUCGGACGGGGUUCCACGCUACCCCAUCUCCCCCAUCGUGGAAGAGAACGCCGAUGCUGAGCAACUCGAGCAUGCCACUGAGAAGACAGAGACAGCCACCCCUACGAGCGAAGUCGGCAAGAUCACAGAGAAGCCCACGCCGGCAAAGCCAACUCUCACGCUCUCGCUUGCUGGCUCGGGCUCCGGUGAUGACACGAUGGUCGCCACUCCCCGACCCAAGCCCAAGCUCUACUCUGAAGGUGCCGCCUUGGAGCAUGACGAGCAUGCUGCACUGCGUGAGGUCGUCCUCGGCGCCGAGCAGCCGAUUGUCGUCGAGGGCGAUGAUGACAGCCAGACUGUCGUCCUGGAUCGUCUCAUGAGCGAGAUAGCGUCACCUAUGCCCUCGCCGUUCCGCAAGUCUUUCUCCGGCCUUGCUGCUAAUCCUUUCCUCAAGCGCUCACUCGGAGGCAUGUUACGCCAGCCCAGAUCCCGUAGAGGCUCGGACGCUGUUCCGCCAACCCCCACCCGCCUGACCCAGAGCACAACUGCUGACGAGAGCGUCUCCCCCGUCGCCGACAGCGUUCAGAGCGAGAUCGCAUCCGAGGACGCCAUGCGCAGCGUCAAGAGCGUUAGCCGAGACGAGACCGAGCACAGACAAAUCACCAGCUUGACGCCUCCGUCAGUCAACGCAGUAGACCUCGGGACUAUCGCCUCUCCUAAAUUGUUCCCCUCGUCGGCUUCUUCAUGCUCUCCUCGUCAGGGGGCAUCUCCGCGCCAGGCCUCGCCCAGUCGUCAGUCCUCCCCCAAGCGUCACACAGCUUCGUCCGCUCAGCAAUCUGUCUCCCCGCCGAUGCAUUUCACCCCAUCCCCUGUGCGGCAGCCAAUCUCUCCUCCGUCGCAAUUCACUUUCGCGUCACCCAUCCGCCAGCCGCUCUCUCCCCCAUCGUCGCAAUUCGCCGCAGCACAGCGGUAUGCGUCCCCUGUGCGGCAGCCCCUUUCACCGCCUGUCACGUUCUCGCCGCCGCGACAGAGCCCUUCGCGAGAGACAUUGUCGCCCGUACGCCGUAACAUUUCUCCAACCCGCCAGCCAACCUCGCCCUCGACCAGUAGUCCUAGCUCCGGGACAUUGUCGCCGUUCAAAGGCAUAGCUCACGUAACUCAGGCGUCGAUAGAUCACGCAAUGGCACAGGACAGCCUAGCGGAGGCUCUCGCUGCAAUGAAGCUUGCUGGGGCUGCGCAGGCACCUCCUGCGGCUCCUGUCGCACCUGCUGCCUCCGCUGCCCCCCGCCCGUCUAACAGAAUUCCUCAACCUCCCCAACAGCCGCCCGCUGCGCACUGGGCGUUCGGCCCCAGGCGCCCUUCCGCGCCAUCCUCCCAGGAAGAUCCUGCCAAGAGCGCUCCUGCUUCGCAGGAGUCCAACGACGGAGACCUAUCCUGGCGCAACCGCUCAGCCAAGACUUUGCCCCCCAUUAACAGCGACCUUCAGCAACUCAUUCGCCCGGACGGCGGGAAGCUCAGUGAGAGAUCUAGACAGGAUGAAGGUGACCACCACGAGCCAGUCAAUUCGGCUGACGAGGAGCUCAAGGGCGACGCAGACGCGACCACCCUAGCCGAACAACCACCGACUGGCGUAGCGGCGCCAAAGGCAUCCCAGCGGGGGUUGCGGGCCACAAGCGCCGACAUGAAUGAGAUGGUGGGGUCGCAGCCAUCUUCGCCCCUCCUCCAUUCGUCUUCCAUUGUACCAUCUACUUCGACUACCUCGCCCAUCGCUGUUCUUUCCGAAUCGUCUCCGUUCAAGACGUCACUAGUCCUGUCUGUCCCUAAUCUUUCUCAAGAAUUCCCCAGCUAUACCGCCCAGCCCGGAGGGCUAUCUCCCCCGAAGCGUCUGCAAGCCACCACGGCCACCUUCGUCCCACGCCCCACUUACCCCGCAUCUCCAGAGACUGAAUCUUUCCGACCGACACCCUUCACAAUGGGGCACUCUUCUAAGGCUUCUGAUGCCUCUUCCACGUUCACCUUCGGUCCUCCUUCCGCCCAGCCCAGCCCAGGCAAGAUUCACAGACGCUCUCCCAGUAACAUGCAUCGCUCCACCUUUCAGGUGCCCGCUGGCGCCGACCCUAUGCCGCAGGAGCCAGUAAACAACGGUCUUGGUCUCUUCACCUUCACCAAACAGCUACGUCCGAAUGCGAUUGAGUUCAAACCCGUUGGCGGCGCGGCGAAGCCACGUUCGAGUUCGUCGUUCACGGGAAGUGGCUUCCGCCCGCCCGCUCUUGAUCUAUCAGCCGCCGCCCCAUCCUCCCGUGCUUUCGCCUCCUUCGGUCCUAACCAGAUGACACUUGGUCAACCGUUCGAGUUCAAGCUCGCCGCGAGCAAACCUGCGUUGAUCAUCCGCAAGCCUAACCCUAUUCCCAUCCUUAGACCCAAGGGAAGUUCGGCAGACGAAGUCAUAGUGUCUCCGCAUCGACAGCAUGCGUCGCCCCGGGACGACGGUGUGGAGCUCCCACCUGUGCCGUCAGACAAGCCCCGAGUGAACCACUCGCCUGAAGAGGCGCGCGACUCACCACGUCGAGGAAAGCACACUUGCAAGCGAUCAUCACAAAACUCACACUUGCCUAAGGCAUGGCUGGGUAGAUCACAGCCCGCUACACCAGUCGACACUCCCAGCGACGCCCAGAUCCACCAAUCCAUGCCCAUCCGCCUCGACAGUGGUGGUAGUUCUGGCAAGGUCCGUGCUUCCAGCGAUGGCGCUCUCAAGGUACCAGUUCAGACUCCACCUGCAGUUUCGACUGGAGGAGGCUCGUCAACUCGUUCCGUCGCCGAGCCCAGUGGCGAGGCCAAGAGUCAGAGCAGUGGACCACCUCCGUCCAUGAUUCAAACAGUGAUCAUGAAGCGGAAUAUCUCGGCUCCAACGAUAUUGAGCGCCAAGGCCAAGCCGUUCCUCCCGUCGUAUGCGCAGGGCUUCUCUGAUCUUUCCCCAGCCAAGAGAUUAGAUGCUUUCCUGCACCACACGCCCCACUCGUCCAAUGUCAAUGUGGAGGUUGCAGAUGAGAACAAGUUUCGGCACUGGACCUUCCCGCAGCCGGACGAGAAUUCUCCAUCACCGCCCGGGGCCGAUUCUCGCCACCUUUCGUUCUCGCAAUCUCACAAGAGACGGCACUCUGACACUGAGGACGUUGAGGGUGAUGAGGAACCUCCUUCUCGUGCUGUGUCUGCUGUGGGCGGGGGUGCCAGUGUCGCUGGAGAGGGUAUGGCUAUGAAAUGGCCUAACUGGCCGCACAGUGCUACAGUACUGUCACCCACAUCCCACACGUACUCUACGACUGAUACCUCGGCUGAGUUCCCAAUGCGUCGCACGCCUCCGCGCCGCUUGUCGGUCGUGAACACUGUCGUUACUCCGCUUCGUCAAUCCACGCCUGAGACCGUCGGCAUUCGCAGCCCAAUUAUUUUACCACGCGGAAUGCUCGUUGAAAUGCUCACGACCAUGCAGGGCGUCGGCGAGCAAGUCAUGCAGUCAAGAAGUGACAACCAAAGACUUCUUGACGAGUCAACCAAACGAGCCGAAGCGGCUGAGAAUCAGAGCAUCAUUGCUACCACGGCCCUCGAUAUGAUAAAAGAAUACUUCGCCAAGGCCAGGUCCCGCGAAUCCGUCUCGGAAGUAUUGGAAUCUCACACCGAGCUGCUGAAGGACCACACCGCGCUGUUGCAGGAAAUUCACCAGAAAAUUGAGGAGGAGACAAGGACUUCCUCCGCAGACUCUGCAGAGCUAGUCGAGAGCACCCACAUCGCUGAGCGGGCCACCAAUACCAAUGAGAUGCUUACCGCCAUCCUGAGCGGCCAGCACGCUAUGAUGAGCAGGUUCAGCGAAUACACCGAAGCCCACGACGCGGUGUACGAUCUGCGAUCGGCAACAGACGCGCUCCUUGAAGCGCAAGCGGAGGUCCGCCAGGUUAAGCUCGACCAGCAGCACGGACACGAGCUCGUGCGUCUGCACGACGAAAUACGAAGCGAGGCCACGAAGUCUGCCCAGGCGGAGCGCGAAGUUGCUGCUCUGAAGUCCAAGCUUGACAUCGCCGAAAGUGUGGGCAGAAACAGGGAGCUCGAUGACGUGUGGCGUGCUCUUGUCCGUGCCGACGUCGCCGCUGUCACUGCUACUCUCGCGAAGGUCACGCAGGCUGAGGAGCACGCCAGGAAGGAGCUCAAUGCCAUGCGCGACCAGCUCGCCAGCCAGAGCGCCGCCCAUCAGUCUGCCAUUGAGGCCCUCCACGAAGAGCGCGACGCGACUGCUAAGCUGGCCGAUGAGAGACAUAAGGAGCUCUUAGAGGCUCAGGCGGAUGCCAAGGUAUUUCGCGGUAAAUUUGUUGAGCACCUCGAGGAUCUCAGCCUCACCCUCCAACAGGGCUUGGAGAAGAAGCGCGGGGAGGCUGAGCUUGAAAGGGAGACCAGAGCCCAGGAUCGCAUCGCAAGUCUCGAGAUGGAAGUCAAGGAGCUCCGCGCUCAGCUGGCUCAAUCCGCAAAUGACCGGAGCGAUCUUAAGGUGCAGCUCACGCAGGCGGUCGCCGAUGUUCGCUACGAGCAGGAAAAGGCAAUCCGGAUGGCGGACACGGAGGCCAACGCCAAGCGCACGAUGGAGCUGCAGCUCAAGGCAGAGAAGGCGCGUACUUCUUAUCUCGAGACGAAGGUGCAGCGCGCGGAGGCGGAUCUUUCGGAGGUAGCGAGCAACCUUGACGCGUGGCGCUCUGCUGCACUAGAACAGCGCAUGCGCGCCGAGCAGGCUACUACACACGUCACUGCACUCCAGCAGGAGAACUUCCACUGGCGCCAGUUUGCACUCGGCGCCGAUCGCCACCGGCUAGAAGAAUGGCUCGCUACUAAGCCCUUCAUAGGCGUAGAUCACCAACCGGCGUCUUACCCCACUCCGUCCAAGCAGACGCCGCCACGCCCCGCAGCGAAACCCCCCUCUGUGCUCUCGCCAGUAAGCAGACCAGCAAGUCCCUUGAAGCCGAAGAGCACAACACCCGUGGUCUCGAGCAAGCUCCGCAUGGUUGUACCCGUGAUCAACGAGCCCGAUGUGGAGCCGACCUCAUGAAUGGCAGCCAGAUAGAUAACGAUCCAUCAUACAUAUGACAUGAAAGUUACGACUACUGAC